GGUUCAAUGUACAUUCAAACUAAUGAAUCCUUAACUUUGAAAACAGCAUGAUAAUCUUUAUUCCUUUUACAAAGAAAGAUUGGAUUCAAAAUACAACAAAUCUCAUAAAUUAUACUUGAAAUAUUGUUAAAAUUGUAAUUGUUAUUGAUUAGCUGCGAAAACUUUGUUUAAAAAAAAAAAUAGCAAAAAAUAUAUUUACAAGGUAGAUGUAAACAAAAUCUUAAGAGGUCAAUGUAACUCUAAUUAAAUAAAUUGAUAAAUUUGGGCAAAGGAAAAUGUUCCAAAACUUUAUGAAAAUACAAUAUGAGAAUUAAGUGCACAAUUACUAGAAAUGUGUACCUUGGAUAUUACACCAUUUGUGGAAAACGACAUUUUUUUCCCCAAGACGUUUCCAACUCUGACUUUGAACUAAGUCUGUAGAAUGGCCCAUAUAUGGACAGGACUCUUAUUUUGGUAUGGAGAUAUGACGCCACAAGGCUGUGCCAAGCUCCUGCAUCUGUUGUGAUUCGGCUGAAGAUAGUGUCCAACAGAGAAAAAAUGGUGAAGCUACUGAGAUUCACGUGACACACUAUUAUAAAGAUGGCGUUUAUUAAAGAGGAGAGUGAAGAAAUGAAGAUUGAAGAAACAUUCAGAGUGAAACAAGAAGAUACUGAGGAACAAACAGAUCUGAUGCCACUGAAAGAGGAGAGUCAAGAACUUGAUGUAAAGGAAGAUUUCAUAACUGCAGAAAAAUAUUUUAUUUGCUCACAGACUGAAAAGACUUGCUCACAAAAAAGUUGUCAAAAGAUUGGAACUAGAAGUUUCACCUGCUUUCAGUGUGGAAAGGGUUUUAAUCACCAUGAAAACCUUAAAGUCCACAUGAGAAUUCACACUGGAGAGAAGCCUUUCUCUUGCCAACAAUGUGGAAAAGGUUUCACUAAAAAUGAAAACCUUAAAAAACACAUGAGAAUUCACACUGGAGAGAAACCUUACACAUGCCCUCAGUGUGGAAAGAGUUUCACUAGAAACGGAAGCCUUAAAGUCCACAUGAGACUUCAUACGGGAGAAACCCCUUACACCUGCCAACAGUGUGGAAAGAGUUUUACACAUAAAGCGACGAUUAAAGUCCACAUGAGAGUUCACACUGGGGAAAGCAAUUACACAUGCCCUCAGUGUGGAAAGAGUUUCAGUCAAAAUGGAAACCUUAACGUCCACAUGAGAAUUCACACUGGAGAGAAGCCUUUCACCUGCCAACAGUGUGGAAAAGGUUUCACUGAAAAAGGAAACCUCAAAAAACACAUGAGAAUUCACACUGGAGAAAAACCUUUCACCUGCCAACAGUGUGGAAUGAGUUUUUCACAUAAAGCAACAAUUAAUGCCCACAUGAGAAUUCACACUGGAGAGAAGCCGUUCAUAUGCUCUCAGUGUGGAAGGAGUUUUACACAUCAAGGAAGCCUUAAUGUCCACACAAAAAUUCACACUGGAGAGAAGUCAUUCACAUGUGAUCAGUGUGAAAAGAGCUUCAGACGUAAAGUAAACCUUGAUUUCCACAUGAGGACUCACUCAAGAGUAAACCGUUUUCUAUGUCAUCAGUGUGGAAUGAGUUUCACAGACAGCGAUCACCUUAAGAAUCAUGUAAUAACUCACAUUGGAGAGAAGCCUUUCAUGUGCCAUCACUGUGGAAAGACUCGCUCAAACAAAGCAAACCUAAAGAUUCACAUGAGAGUUCACACAGGAGAGAAGCCUUACAAGUGUGUUCAGUGUGAGAAGAGUUUCACAUUUCACACAGACCUGAAACAUCACAUGCAAACUCAUUCUGCAAAGAAAUUGCAGUGUUCAUCAGCAUGACAAGAGGUUUAGAAACCUGAAAAAAUUUCAAAAAUAACCUGUGCAUUUACUCUGGAGGGAGGCAACUUAAUUGUGAUCAGUGUAAUAAAACAUUAUUUUGUCAUCACACUUACAGAUGCAUCUUAUAAAUCAUUCAGAUUUGAGACCCUGUUUGAUGGUGUUAAAAUAGCACCAAGAUAUGUAUCUGUAUGAAAUUAAUUUUCAUUGAGUAGAGGCAUCAUAUUUGAUUCAGAUCAAUAUGUCUGAAUCAAUAUAUUACAUAAACUUCAGUAUUGCUGUGAAAUGGUGCAAUGUAAAUUAAAAUUAUAAAUAAAAGGACAUAAGCUGAAUGAAAAAACA